UAAUAAAUAAAAAAAACAAUGGCAUCUAAUAAUUCAGAGGCAUCAUCAGCUGCUAGCUUCAACAAAUUUCAUCAAAUAAGUGUUCAAGAACUCGUUAAAAACCCCAUACUCUCAGUCCCGUCACGCUAUGUGGUUCGAUCUAGUGAUGAUCACAAAACCUUGAGCUGCAAAUCUUUAUCAAAAACCACUAUAAUUCCUACUUUUGACUUCAAUCUCUUGCUUUCUAAAGAAACUUCUGAGUUUGAGAUUCAAAGGUUGCACUCUGUAUGCCAAGAAUGGGGCAUCUUCCAGGUGGUGAACCAUGGAAUUAGGUCAACGCUAAAUAAAGUGAACGAUGAGAUUGAAGAAUUCUAUAAACUGCCCUUAGAGGAGAAAAUGAAAUACAAAAUUAGGGCGGGUGAUUUUGAAGGGUAUGGUGCUACUGAAAGAACACAAGGAAAACUUGACUGGGGAGAUCGGUUUUACAUGAUAACAAACCCUAUUUCUAGACGAAAGCCUCACCUCUUACCGGACCUCCCUUCAUCUCUAAAGAAUAGCUUGGAAAAUUAUAUAUCAGAAAUGCAGAAACUUGCGAAGAAACUUCUCGAGUUUCUCGCGCGAGCUCUAAAGAUAGAGGAAGUGGAGAUGGUCGAGAUGUUUGAGGACGGAAUGCAAUCGGUGAGAAUGACAUAUUAUCCGCCAUGUCCGCAGCCCGAGCUGGUGGUCGGGAUAACUCCUCAUUCUGAUGCAACUGGAAUCACUAUCCUGAACCAGGUCAAUGGUGUGGAUGGGUUUCAGAUUAAAAAAGAUGGUGUCUGGAUGCCUGUUAGCUUCUUGCCGGAUGCACUUGUUGUUAAUUUGGGUGACAUUCUUCAGAUUUUGAGCAAUGGAGCCUAUCAAAGCAUCGAGCACGGGGCAGCAGUAAAUUCAGAGAAAGAGAGAAUAUCUAUUGCAUUUUUCUGCAACCCUAAAUUUGACGCAGAAAUUGGACCUUCAAAGAGUCUAAUAAACCCACAGAACCCACCAAUAUAUAAAAGAAUAGGGAUGGAAGAUUAUGUCAAAGGUUUCUUCUCUCAGAAACUCAAUAGCAAAUCCUAUCUCCACCAAAUGACACUUGACAAAUAAUCACCUAACCGAAUCGCGAUCGUUAACCGUAAAAUGAUUUUUUAUAUCCAUAAUAUUAACCUUUUUAUUAAAUAUAUUUUUAAAAUAAAAUCGAACUAUCUAGUCCGUCACUUUAAAAAUUGAGAUAAAAUAUAUUCAGAACGCAUUUAGUCCGUCACGGAUUAUUCUUUUGGAUUUACUUGAUUGUUCCGGUUAGAAAAGAUAAACUCUAGAAUUUUAAUUUAUAUAUAAUUGUUUUGAUUUGUAAAAUUAUUGGACCAGAUAGUUCAAAUCAUUUUAAAAAUAUAUUUUUUCAUAAAAUUGUUAAAACAUUGGAUAGAAAAAAUCAUUUUGCUUAGAUAUAUAGUUACUGAAGUAUAUAGGAGAUAUUUUCAUUUAGAUCAUAUUCAUAAAAGAUGUAUGAAAUAUAUCCGUAAAUUUCAUACAUUUAAAUGGGAAUGAUUGAAUUCAUAUAUAUAUCAUAUUUGGUAGAUUUUUAGUUUAGAUUAGAAUUUACAUACACUCACACAUGUAUAUUGCCUCACACCCGUUAUUGUAAUUUAAUUAAUGUUAAUUAAGCAUAUCUAUACCUUCUUA